AUGGCAUCAACGCUCACCAUUGUUUUCAUGGCUAAAAUUGAGGCACCGAUUUGGGAAAUACGACCUCUGCUUUAUAGCCGAUUAAUUGACGACGCUUCAAUUGUCUGUUCAUCUCAAGCAGAGAUGGACAAUUGUUUCAAGUGCGAAUCUCAAGUGUUAUCAAUCGAAAGUGGACCAUCGAAUGAAAGUAAUGUAGUAUAUCUGGAGUUUAGUCACGUUCUGAUACAGCAACAAAGUCAUACGUCUUGCAAUGUGCAUGAGAUUAUAUUUAAUCUACAUGGAACACUUGUAUACCCUCCCAGAAGCUCUCAAAGGAAACUGGAAGUGAGCGCUUCGAACGCUGGGUACCUUGGCAAUAACAAUUGGGAUCAGUUAUUCGCUGGGUCCCCGCCAUCGCUUUACUACUGGCCAAAACUGUAA